GGAGGGUUCAGCUACCUAAUGGUUUAAUCUCACGAGGAUCUCUAGAUGCAGGUUAUCAUAGAGUCGCUCGAGAAAAAUAUCGUGUUCAUCACCUGGUCGCGUUGGCAUUUUGUCCCAAAGAAGAAAAAAACGUUCAACAUGCUAUACGUCUUGGGUUUCAGCACCAACGUGUUGUCAAGCAGAUUUUCGAUGAUGGAUCUUUCCGAGAAUUUCCAUCCAUAGCUGAAGCACGGUGUGUUACCGGAAUUGAUCAUGCUGGAGGAUGUUGUUGUGAGUAUAA